GGAGGCGAUCGCGGAGCACGCAGAGGUAGCCUGGGGCCCCGAGGACGAUGCGGCCGACGCCCCUCCUGCGGCUGGCGCUGCUUCUGGUCCUGCCCAACAGCCUCGGGGGGCAGAGGUGUCCGUCUCCGCCCUGCGAAUGCCGCCAGGAGGACGACUUCAGAGUCACCUGCAAGGAGAUCCAGCGCAUCCCUAGCUUACCCCCCAGCACGCAGACCCUGAAGUUUAUAGAGACUCAUCUGAAAACCAUUCCCAGUCAUGCGUUUUCAAAUCUGCCCAAUAUCUCCAGGAUCUACUUGUCAAUAGAUGCAACUCUGCAGCAACUGGAAUCACAUUCCUUCUACAAUUUAAGUAAAGUGACUCACAUAGAGAUUCGGAAUACCAGAAGUUUAACUUACAUAGACCCUGGCGCCCUAAAAGAGCUCCCCCUUCUGAAGUUCCUUGGCAUUUUCAACACUGGACUUAGAGAAUUCCCCGACCUGACCAAAAUCUAUUCCACUGAUGUAUUCUUCAUACUUGAAAUUACAGACAACCCUUACAUGACUUCCAUCCCUGCGAACGCUUUUCAGGGCCUGUGCAACGAAACCUUGACACUGAAACUGUACAACAAUGGCUUUACUUCAAUCCAAGGACAUGCUUUCAACGGGACAAAGCUGGAUGCUGUUUACCUGAACAAGAAUAAAUACCUGACAGUUAUUGACCAAGACGCAUUUGCAGGAGUUUAUAGUGGACCAACCCUGCUGGACCUCUCUUACACCAGUGUCGCUGCCCUGCCAUCCAAAGGCCUGGAACACCUGAAGGAACUGAUAGCAAGAAACACUUGGACUCUAAAGAAACUUCCUCUUUCCUUGAGUUUCCUUCACCUCACACGGGCUGACCUCUCUUAUCCGAGCCACUGCUGUGCUUUUAAGAAUCAGAAGAAAAUCAGAGGAAUCUUUCAGUCUUUGAUGUGCAACGAGAGCAGUAUUCGGGGCCUGCGCCAGAGAAAAUCUGCGAGUGCGCUGAGUGGCCCCUUCUACCAGGAAUAUGAGGAGGGUCUGGGUGAUGGCAGUGCUGGGUACAAGGAGAGCUCCCAGUUCCAAGACACCCACAGCAACUCUCACUACUACGUCUUCUUUGAGGAGCAAGAAGAUGAGAUCAUUGGUUUUGGCCAAGAGCUCAAAAACCCCCAGGAGGAGACCCUGCAGGCCUUUGACAGCCAUUACGACUAUACCGUGUGUGGCGGGAGUGAGGAUAUGGUGUGUACCCCCAAGUCGGAUGAGUUCAAUCCCUGUGAGGACAUCAUGGGCUACAAGUCCCUGAGAAUUGUGGUGUGGUUUGUGAGUCUGCUGGCUCUCCUGGGCAACGUCUUCGUCCUGGUCAUCCUCCUCACAAGCCACUACAAGCUGACCGUGCCACGCUUCCUCAUGUGCAACCUGGCCUUCGCAGACUUCUGCAUGGGGUUGUAUCUGCUCCUCAUCGCCUCCGUAGACCUCUACACUCAGUCCGAGUACUACAACCAUGCCAUUGACUGGCAGACGGGCCCUGGCUGCAACACGGCUGGCUUCUUCACCGUCUUUGCCAGCGAGUUGUCUGUGUACACCCUGACGGUCAUCACCUUGGAGCGCUGGUACGCCAUCACCUUCGCCAUGCACCUGGACCGCAAGAUCCGCCUCUGGCAUGCCUACGUCAUUAUGCUGGGGGGCUGGGUUUGCUGCUUCCUGCUCGCCCUGCUCCCUUUGGUGGGAAUAAGCAGCUAUGCCAAGGUCAGCAUCUGCCUGCCCAUGGACACCGAGACCCCUCUUGCCCUGGCGUACAUUAUCCUCGUUCUGUUGCUCAACAUCGUUGCCUUUAUCAUCGUCUGCGCCUGUUACGUGAAGAUCUACAUCACAGUCCGAAAUCCCCACUACAACCCGGGGGACAAAGACACCAGAAUUGCCAAAAGGAUGGCUGUGUUGAUCUUCACUGAUUUCAUGUGCAUGGCCCCAAUCUCUUUCUACGCUCUGUCGGCCCUUAUGAACAAGCCUCUCAUCACUGUUACCAAUUCCAAAAUCUUGCUGGUCCUCUUCUACCCACUUAACUCCUGUGCCAAUCCGUUCCUCUAUGCCAUUUUCACCAAAGCCUUCCAGAGGGAUGUGUUUAUCCUGCUCAGCAAGUUUGGCAUCUGUAAACGCCAGGCUCAGGCAUACCGAGGUCAGAGAGUUUCUCCAAAGAACAGCACCAGUAUUCGGGUCCAAAAGGUUCCCCCAGAUGUGAGGCAGAGUCUCCCCAACGUGCAGGAUGGCUAUGAACUGCUUGAAAACUCUCAUCAAACCCCAAAGCAGCAGGACCAAACCUCAAAAGAGUAUAAGCAAACAGUUUUGUAAGUGGUACAAGGACUUAGGUUGGUUUUUUGAGCAUCAUUCCAACCAUCGACACAACACACGGCUGAUCUAAUCUGUAGGUAAUGUUCAUGUCUGGAGAAGGACUAGCAGUAACCUAAUCUUUGCCUCCAAGAAGGAAGAGAGGCAACCGGCGUGUCUGAAUUCCAGGUGAUAUCAAAGUAAUCUAUACGUCCUGGAAGAUUCACUGGAUGUUAAGUGCAGCGAUGACACUGUAAAAUGUUUCAUACAUAUCAACUGAGCCGCGUUGACAUUGCGUUUACUCACUUUUAUAUAGCAUUUCAUACUAAAGAUUUAGCAAAUGGCAAUCAUUAUUAACUUGGUUGGUAACCACAAGACAAAACUGACUCUGUGUUGGUUCAGUACAAUUUCACGCUCACUGAUAGAACCCAAGAGAGUUUGAUUUCCACAAAACUGAAACGUCCAAGAGGACAUCAUACAAGGAACAGCUGUUUUGACACAUGAAGGGGAGAAGAAGGCUUUGAGUUGUUUUGUUCCGACUCUGAAACAAUCAUCUCUUCACAAGAAUCUACCUGAGUGGGAACCAACUGUUGCCUGGGAAAACUGGCAAGAUUUCAGCUGUUGUGGCUGAGCAGACUAAGAAGAGCUCUUCUUGGCCAGUCUCCUGGCAUUAAAAGCAUGUACUCGAGAAAGUCCUUCCAAAUGGCAAGUGGGAAUUAUGAGCUGGGCAUUCUGGAUCACUCGCUUAUUAACCAAGCAGGCUGGGCAUCUGUUUAUUGUUGGACCUUGGCCAAGUUACUGGGUCUCUGCAGUCUGUAGAAAUGAAGGAGCUUGAUGGCCUCUUCCAGUUUUAAAACUCCAUGGAUAACCCUCCCCCUCAAAACAUAGGUUGCCAUGAGGAAGAGAAAGAAAAACAAUAAGGAAGCAGAACCUCUGUUUUUCCCAUCUUUCAGCGCUGCCAUCUCCCCUUUGGAGCCUAGAUAUGUGACCAAGGAAAUGUUUUGUUUCAUUUUUUGGUUAUGAUCUGAACCAGAAAUUCUAGUGAGUGACCAACAUAUCAAGCUGGCUCUGAAUCACUCAUCUAAUUCCUAGAGAUGGUGACCCUGACUCACCUGGAAUCUCUCAAUAGCCACAUUCACUCAUGAUUAUCAUUGAGAUGUGGAUUGGACGUUUCAGUAGAAAUGUUAUACACACCUAAAGUCA